CGGCCUCUCUGCACCUCUGCACACGGCCUCCGCCAUCUUGCCUGCCAGUCGCCGAGUGCGGAAGUGGAAACGGCACAGGGGUUCCGCCUGUGGACGGCUUGCCAUAUCCUCUAGCCGACUGCCGACACAGCCUGCUGUCAGUCAAAUUUAACCGUUUGUAAACAACAGAGACUCGGGGAGAGAUGGCUGGACGAUUACCGGCGUGUGUUGUCGACUGCGGCACAGGUUACACCAAACUGGGAUAUGCAGGGAACACAGAGCCACAGUUCAUCGUUCCAUCGUGUAUCGCCAUCAAAGAGUCAGCCAAGGUUGGGGACCAGGCCCAGCGGAGGAUGAUGAAGGGGGUGGAUGACUUGGAUUUCUACAUCGGAGACGAAGCAGUAGAUAAGCCGUCAUAUUCCACUAAGUGGCCAAUCCGUCAUGGGAUUGUGGAGGACUGGGACCUAAUGGAGCGCUUCAUGGAGCAGAUCAUCUUUAAGUACCUGAGGGCUGAGCCUGAGGACCACUACUUCCUCCUGACAGAGCCUCCUCUGAACACACCAGAAAACCGAGAGUACACAGCCGAGAUCAUGUUCGAAUCCUUCAAUGUACCAGGGCUUUACAUCGCUGUGCAGGCUGUGCUUGCUCUGGCAGCCUCCUGGACGUCCAGACAGGUGGGAGAGAGGACGCUAACAGGAACGGUCAUCGACAGCGGAGACGGUGUCACCCACGUCAUCCCUGUGGCUGAAGGUUAUGUCAUUGGCAGCUGUAUAAAGCACAUUCCUAUCGCAGGGCGCGACAUCACCUACUUCACACAGCAGCUUCUGAGGGAGAGGGAGGUGGGCAUCCCACCGGAGCAGUCCCUGGAGACGGCCAAGGCAGUCAAGGAGCGGUUCAGCUACGUGUGCCCAGAUCUAGUCAAAGAAUUCAGCAAGUAUGACACUGACGGCUCAAAGUGGAUCAAGCAGUACACCGGCAUCAAUUCCAUCAGCAAGAAGGAGUUCACCAUCGAUGUGGGCUACGAGCGCUUCCUGGGGCCUGAGAUCUUCUUCCACCCAGAGUUUGCCAACCCUGACUUCACCCAGCCUAUCUCUGAAGUUGUGGACGAGGUCAUUCAGAACUGCCCCAUUGAUGUCAGGCGCCCUCUCUAUAAGAACGUUGUUCUGUCAGGAGGCUCCACCAUGUUCAGGGACUUUGGCCGGCGUUUGCAGAGAGACUUAAAGAGGACGGUUGAUGCCCGACUGAAGAUGAGCGAGGAGCUGAGCGGAGGCAAGCUCAAGCCCAAACCAAUCGAUGUCCAAGUUAUCACUCAUCAUAUGCAGAGAUAUGCAGUGUGGUUUGGUGGAUCAAUGUUAGCAUCAACUCCUGAGUUCUACCAGGUUUGCCACACCAAAAAGGACUAUGAAGAGAUCGGGCCGAGCAUCUGUCGCCACAACCCUGUGUUUGGAGUCAUGUCUUAACUCUGGACCUCCGAAGUGGCGGGUGGGGGUGCUGAAGUUGGGCUGUGUGUAAAAUUGACAGGCUCAGGAGGUGGGGGACGGUGGUGCUUCUGUGCUUUUUAAUUACUUGUUUAGCUAUGGAUGUGUGGGACGAGAAGGCGAUCCAGAAUAUACAAAAGAGAAAAAAAGAUGACCAAACACAGACCGGCUGGAAAAUUUAUUGUGAAUGUUCCUAUAUUUCUUUAUUAUCAUUAUUUUUUUUUUUUCCUUCAAAAUGAGGGAAAAUAGUUUGUAAGCCAAAACUGUUUUAAGAGCAUUGCUGGAUCUGUUGCAACACGCAGUGAGUGGUGAUGAUUAUAAAAAUGGUGUUGGUCUCCACCAACACCACCUAGCAUGAUUAUAAAAACAUUGAUAGUGAUUUACCUGACACCAGAACAUAUUUAUGUUUAUAAAACUUAAGUCCA